AUGGCAGAAGCUAUUAUUUUCGACAAGAAGCGUCUGCUGCCCUGCUCUGCACAUCUCACCGGACAAUACGGUAUUGAUGACCUCUAUAUCGGCGUUCCGAUUAAACUCGGUGGAAACGGCGUAGAGGAAAUCAUUGAGAUCGAAUUAACCGAUGACGAACUCGGCUCCUUACAACAUUCCGCAGCAACCUAUCAAGAAGGCAUCGCGUUGCUGGGAUACUAA